GGAGGAGGAGGAUGGGACGCUGCUGAUGCUGAUGCGAGAGCUCUCGGUGUCUGUGAUCAACAUCGACCGAGCGAACCUCCUAUAAUUCAGCCAUUUGGUCUUAUUUGAACUGCCCACUGGUUCGGUUUAUGUCUAACUAAACGAGAAGCGGCGAUACGGAGAACGACGCUGGAAUUAAAGGGAGGAAAUAACGGUUUCUACUCGUCACUCUUCUCCUGGCCUGUGACUGACACAGGUGGACUGACGCUGCGAGGGAGGAAAAAAAAAGAGAAACGAAAUGAAGACAUAAAAUUGGACUAUAAGUCUCGGAUUAACCUGAUACCGAACGGACAAAACCAACAUUUUUUUUUUCUCAUACGGGUUUAAAAGGCUGAACUCUUUAUCGUGUCAGUUGGCUAGUGAGCUAAUUCUGUAGCUAGCCGGCUAACAGCUGCCUCGACCGACGGCCGGAAGGUAGAUGCUGGAAGGAGGAGUUAGCAUUUAGCAGCCCUCUUUAGAUCCUAUUGACCAAACACAGCUUCAGCCUACAUUUAGAUUAGAUUUAAACCCAACAGCUGGAGCUCGUUACGGCUUUAAUUAACAGCUUUUUACGUGGAUUCUUCUGUCGGCUUCAUAGCUAAUGUUGACAAACACCCGCAGCUGAGGUUAUUUACUCAUUCAGAGGUGGAUGGUUCCCAUGUUUUAGGUGGUUUAACAGUGAAAGUUUGCUGAAAUUGGAUGUGCUGAGUCUGACACCCAGCAGCGAACCUGCCAUGACAGAAAAACACAUUGUGAGUCAAAUGCCACCAUUGUUAACUUAAAAUCCACUGAACGUGUCUUCUGUUUUAAGGUGACAUUGUAGAUUUGUUGGUUUAUACUACUUGUUUAUAUCAAAACCACUGAUAUUAAUGUUUUAUUUGGGAUAUUCUGUUCUUUUGAUGGCGUAAAGAGAUUUCUGAUAUUUACUAGAAAUGCAAAGUCCCAAAUAACAUCAUGGCAGUGAAGCUAAAAAGCUGUUUCCUAACCACUGCAGUCAGAUAAGUUUCUGGGCGGUGUUCAUGGAGCCAACAGUUGUAUCUGGCCCUCUGGGGCACACUCAGUGGGAGCCAGAGCAGCCAUUUCCUCUGGGAUUUCAAACAGGGAAUUCAGACAGUGGAGGUGUGCUUAGUCCGAGCGAGACUGGUCAGGUGGGUUUGGACUUCAGGAAAGGAGCUCAGGAUGAAACUCUCCAGAAAUGUGUGGAAAAUCCUGCUGCACUGGAAGACCUCUUCCAAGUCUCUGCCUUUUCUUGUGAGAAUUUAAAGUUUGAAGGACAGCCUAGCAUUUCCCAAACUAACUCCUACUUGCAAGGUUUGACUUUCAAAGAAAAUUUUGAAGGACUGGAUGAAAUUACUGACAGUACUUUGUCAUGGCUCUUCUCUCCAGCUUUGGCUGAUGUAAUAGAGAAAAGCUCUGCUAGUAAAGAAUUGACUUUAGAACCAGAGUCCCCUGCUGAGAACUCUGAUGCGCCCAAUGAUCAGGGUGACCUAAUAAGCCUCAGUGCAUCAACCUCUCCUCUAAAUAUCUCAAGGAGGAAUUCUGAAUCUAAUGAAGGAGAUCAAUUUCUGCUGGUUGAUCUUUCGGAUGUACUUUCCGGUCUCUCUCAGGAUUCCUCAAAUGAGCUAAACCCCCAGGUUGUUGCACACGAGCUGCCUGAAGUGCAGCAGGCAGAUCUCCCUCCCUCACAGAGCAGGAAGACUUUAUCACCUGAAACCAGAGACAAAGGUUUAUUCCCUGAUCAAGUGACUGAUCUGCCUAUAACCUGCAGCGCUGCUGAGCGAGGUUUAUCUGAGAACUGCCAUGCGCCUGAUCACAUCAGCAAACCUUCGGAGGGUUUUGGAGGACCUGUGCCUUUGUUGGAUUUAGAGGUGCCAGAUUUUGACGGCAGCCUGUGCCCUGCCACCCCUUCCUCUGUUGUCUCACCUGAUUUACCAAAUGUAUUGACUGGCGUUUCAGCAGAAGCUCCUGUUUUUGGACCUAGUCCGUCAGAAGAGCAAACUCAAAAUGAGUCGCGUGCUUUGGGUUUGUUGGAUGGACCCUCUUUCCUGACACUGCCUGUGGAUGAGGAUGCCUGCGUUCCCAAUGAUCUCGCCAGUGAGAGUCAAUCUGUGGAAAACGUUUCUCUGGAUUUGAUGGAAAACCAAAAUUUCUUUGAUGCUAAAACUCAGUCAGACCAGAAGGAAAUGGCUUUGGAUCUGUGCUUGACUGGAGAAGAGGUUCAAGAAGACUUAUGCAACUUCCAACAGCAGGAGGCUGUGAAGGGAGAUACCAUUCUCAGUACAAGAGCAGAGGAGAGGCUGGUGGACACAAACCCGCCUGAGCUUUCAGAGCCAAAUCAGGUGGCGUCUUUUAAACCGCCAGUUCAGGACAUAAACAGUUCUUCUCCAGAGGCUGGGUGGAUGAGCAAACAGACUGUGGAGAAGAUCCCUCCCUCUGAGAUGGUGAGAGAUGACUCACUACCAGUGGUCCCAGCUGUUAAUACGAGACAAGAAGACGCUUCUCCGCUGAAAGCUGUGUUCGACGCCUUAGACCAAGAUGGAGACGGCUUUGUUCGUAUUGAGGAGUUUAUGGAGUUUGCGGCCGCCUAUGGGGCGGAUCAGGUGAAGGAUCUAACAAAGUUUUUGGAUCCCAGUGGUCUUGGAGUCAUCAGUUUUGAAGACUUCCACCGAGGAAUCACUGCUAUUAGUAAUGGAGGCCCAGAACCACCGCUCUACAGCUACACUCCAGGGGACGGAGCCGUGGGCUGUCCGGAGGAGUACGACGAGCAAAAUGAGGUAACAGACAGCGCAUACCUGGGCUCAGAGAGCACAUACAGCGAGUGUGAAACCUUCACCGAUGAAGACACGGGGGCUCUUGUUCCUCCUGAGAUGCACGAGGAGGUGGAGACGGACAGCGGCAUCGAAGCCACGCUGCAUGAUCCUGAGGAUGGUGGCAGCAGGUUUUCCCUGAACUCGGAGCUCCACAGCCACUCAGUGACGGUCAUCAGUGGAGAGGAGGAACACUUUGAGGACUUUGGGGAGAGCAACACAUCAGAGCUUCUGCUGGAAAGCAGUGUGGAAGGCUCCAUGGUAGAGGGGGACUCCUCUCUCUCCCAGCCGCCGGAGCAGAGCAAUGGCUCGGCUGUCGUUUCUCCCAGCGCACCCGCUUCUCUCCCUGACUGCUUUCAGAGCUUCCUCAGGGAGGAGGCUCUGGACUUUUUCUGUAGCCAGUGUCACAAACAAAUAAGUCGUCUCGAAGACCUCUCCACUCGCCUCAAUUUCCUAGAGAUGACUAGUGCCGGCAAGAGGCUUUCCAGCAAGAAGGUGGCGAGGCAUCUGCUCCAAAACAGCUCAAUGACUCUGGACACCAUGAGUGACUUAACACGGGACAUCCUGGAGCUCGCUGAUAAUGACAUCACAGACAAAGUCCUGCUCCUGGAGCGCCGAGUAGCCGAGCUGGAGAAGGAGUCUGAGGCUUCGGGAGAGCAGCAUGCUCGGCUGCGUCAGGAGAAUCUCCAGCUGGUGCAUCGGGCCAACGCCCUGGAAGAGCAGCUGAAAGAGCAGGAGCUCCAAGCUGAUGAGGAGCUGCAGCAGGAGACCCGACGUCACAAGGAGUCCUUGAACAAGCUGGAGAGGGAGAAGGGGCUGGAGCUGGAAAACCUCCAGGCCAGGCUCCAACAGCUGGAUGAUGAGAACAGCGAACUGAGGUCGUGUGUCCCUUGUCUUCGAGCAAACAUCGAGAGAUUAGAGGAGGAGAAAAGAAAACUCCAGGAUGAGGUGGAAACGAUGUCUGACAGAUUGGAUGAGGAGACCGAAUCUCGCAGGAAGAUGGCUGACAAGCUGAGUCACGAGCGUCAUCAAAACCAGAAGGAGAAGGAGAGCACUCAGGAGCUUAUAGAAGACCUGAGGAAGCAGCUUGAGCAUCUUCAGCUGUACAAGCUGGAGGCGGAGGCGAAGCGAGGUCGAUCCCUCAGCGCCGGGCUGCAGGAGUAUCAGACCCGAACCCGUGAAGCAGAGCUGGAACAGGAGAUCAAACGACUCAAACAGGACAACCGAACUCUGAAAGAGCAGAAUGAUGAAUUGAACGGGCAAAUCAUCAACCUGAGCAUCCAGGGAGCCAAGAAUUUGAUGUCUGCCUCCUUCUCAGAUUCCCUGGCAGCUGAGAUUAACUCUGUGUCUCGAGCAGAGUUAAUGGAGGCUGUUCACAAGCAAGAAGAGAUCAACUAUCGACUCCAGGAUUACAUCGACAAGAUUAUUGUGGCCAUCAUGGAGUCCAACCCAUCUAUCCUGGAGGUCAAAUAGAUGGCAUACAGCCUGAGGAGGUGCCACUGGCUCCGUCUCACAGGCUGUAAACAUAUUUAUAAUAAAGACCUGGCAAGAGGGAAAAGGAGGACGGGAUGUAAAAAGUAAUUUAUUUGGACUUCUUUGCAACGCUCACAACUCCAAGGAGAAAGACUGAGAAGUAAAAAAAACCGUCAGUAAAAUAAAGAAUAAGCUUGUUUUUCAUGUUUCUGUUCAGUUUGUAUGUUGGCCUACUGAGAUCCCUUGGGUUCUGGUGACUUCCAUGAAUCUGGCUAGAGGAACCCAAGUCCCCCCCCCCCCAUUGUGUGGAUACAUGUGAAAAUAUAAGAAGUUGUUCUCAUUUUUCCUCCAGUUUCUGCAAUCAGCUUUGAUUUGAGCUUAAAAACAUCAGCUAGUUCUACCAAAAGGCCUUAAGAGUUUUUUUUGAAGUAUUUCACUUUACAAAAUGCUCGAUAUGUGACCCAGUCAAAGGCCACCAGAACCAGGUGGAAUCGUGUUUGAAUCACAAGCCGCAUGAAGCGCUGGUUUUUUUGUUAAAAAAAACUGUUUAUCUUGAACGUUUUCAGAGCUUGACUUGCUGCCUACACGGCCCUCUGCGUGCUCUGUGCUUUCCACCAGGCUCGGCUGUCAUUCCAACCUAAGUGAGGGACGUUUCUCCCUGCUUCCAGAUGAGAAAUUCCUGCAGGGUUUUGUGUGUGUGUGUUGGGAGUGUUUGACAUUCCCUUGCUUUUUCUAUGUUUGUGUGAAUCAGAAAGGCAACACUAAAAUGGGACUAAAAAUAUAAAGCAAUCAUUCUUGUAGGAUGUUGGGUUAUUUUGCAAUGAAACAGGGUCCUGGGUUUCACGUGGGCUGGAAAAACACUAAAUGUUUUUAACAUUGAGGGAAUCUACUCAGAUUCUUUAGGUAAGGUUAAGAUAAGUCUACAGUAGUCCUCAUUCUGGGAUAGUUUUUCAUUUUAGUAAAAAGUUGCUCCAAGAAGCUAAAUUCUAACGGCUAUCUGAGGGUUCAUGGUUCAGAUGAACUGUCUCAUAUAAAACUAAAACGAUGCAAGAAACUUUAAAUCUAUAUAAACUGCCUUACUUGGAUAUCUUGUAUUUGAGCUUUGCAACAGUUCCCUGCAGGAAGAUCAUUGGCGAUACACUUAUGAGCUUCCCUGCAUGGCGGUGUAGCUUCUAAGACUAACUGAUCUGGAUUUACACUUAUGCAGUUACUCUUCGGUAGGUAAGAUAUGAGCUGCUCAUGUUCAUGUCUUACAUGAGCAACAGAACCUCAAACUUGUUAAUUCUGAGCUAUUCCUUAAAAGAAAAGCCCACUUGAUCCCAGUGUUAUCUUGCUGAGUAUAACAGGGAAUUGAGUUUUUUUUUUUUUUUCCUGCAAAAAUGAUUUAGUUAUUGCAACUAUAAAAUGCCGGCAUUUGAUAAGUUGUAUGUGAAGAAUUUAUUGAUUGUAUUUUGCACUAUAUGUGUUUUUUUUUUGGUUUGAAUUAGACGUGUUAUGAAGACUAAAGAGAAACUGGGAAACAUUUUACAGCCUGUGGAAUCUGGAGGCUGUUUGAGCGGGAGAAAAAAAAAAAAACAUCACACUACGAUGACGCCAUUUUUAAUCAAACAUAUCCAGAUGAUUCUACAACCAUCUCUAAAAGUUAUCUUACUGGGAUCAUUUAGCUAGCUUAGAUAUGGAAGACGUUUUUGUAGCAAUAACGCUGAGUAAGAAAUCAUUUCAACGGGUCUGCAUUUUCCUCUGCUGGUUGAGGAAGACGUCGCGCACCAUGGACAUUUUUUGGACUAACUGGUACUGUGCAAACAUCUUGUCUGGACACUAAUACCUACCUGCAUGUCAGGAAUUUGUCCUGGCAUCUUGAAGGAUUUAUAUCAUGACCUUUGACACCAUUUUUUUCUUGGAUACUUUUCUUUUUUUUCUCACUGUUCGCCUCUUUCUCACUGCUCUUCACUUGCCACUCCAUGGAGGAGAAAAAUGGCCUUUGAUGUAAAUGACUUGUAAAAUGUUUUUUUUUUCUACACUCAUUCUAGAUUCUAGGUAUUUUUAUAGUCACAGCAGAGGAAAAAUUAUUUCUUUAGUCUUACACAGAGAAACAUUUGCCUGUGCUCUUUAGCAUGUAGCGUGUACAGUAUCUAAGAGGUUUUCAUUUUACACGCAGAUAUUUAUUCGACAGCUCACACUGACCUGUUCUGCUGAAAAUGUUUGUGCAUUAUUGAAAUCACCCGAGAUUUGUUGACACUGAUCAGAUCUGUGGGGGAAAUUAUUCUUAACGUUUAUCUAAGAAUUGUGUGCACAAAGCUUGACUGAGUGGCACAGGAUGUCAGAUUAAGAUAUGUUCUCUUCCAUGAUGCGGAUGUUGCUUUGACCCGAUCUAGCCUUGUGAUGCCAAUAAUGCUGAGUCGGCUUUUUCUUUCUUUUUUUUCUGUCCCCAUUGUCUUCCCAGAUGAGGUCAGGUACUGCAUGGUUACAGAUUUCUUGUUGUACAUUUCUGAUCAACAUGUUAGACUUAGCGGGCAGUUUCACUCACUAGAACCGGCACUGUUUGAGAUCUGGAACCUCAUGUUGAUUAGAUUACAUCUUAAUACUUGCAGACUUUUAUUAGAACAAAAAAGAGCUUUCAAAUGUCUUAAUUCCUCCUUUUUUAUAAGCAAAAGUAUGAUAUAGACACAAGAAGGCUGUAUUAUGCCAAAUCAGAUGCGUUCUUCAGCUUGGCAUCCUGAUUUAAAGAUGACCAAAGACUGAUUCUCUGCUGGAAACUAUUCUGAUAGCAGGGCCGGUCCGAUGCCAUCUAUGGUUUUAAACAGAGUUUGAUAUUUGGGCCCUCAAAAUACAGUCGCUGCUAGAGUAAUUUACAAGUUGGCCUAUUGAACCAAAAAAAUAUUGAUCUCAGAAAGGUCUCUGCAGUGUGACUGCACUGAUUCAGGACCAGGUUUUAGUGCAAGUCUCACUUUUACAAGCUAAAUGCUCUUACACCCCCUGUUGGUUUUGAGAGUCUAAGCUGUCGCUGUUUGCUUCUGGCUCUCUGGCUGUUGUCUAUACACUGUUUCUCAAACUUUAAUAAUGAGCCCUGGAUAAAGUCUGUUGGUUUUUGAAUUAUACAAUAACGGCUGUAAAUAUAAACUUUAUUUUUAGGUGGGACUUCUUUCUUUUUUCUGUCUCCCUCAGACACUCUUCCAAUGUCCAAAGAAAGUUUGCUGAAGGAAUCCCCACUGGAAUAGUGCACAGUGUAACAUUGUGUAACAUGGGAAGUUGGAAAGAAAUACUGUAGAAAAGAGAAUCUGUAAGAAGUAAAUUUAUUCCUAUUUUCAGAGAUAAAUGUAUAAAUUAUAACAGUAUUGGGUACAUCUGUAUAAUAUUUUUGGAGGUCCCUAAAAUGAUUAGCUCCUAACUGUUUCUGGGGAAAUGUCAUUUAUUGUAAAAAGAGAAAAUUUUAAGGUAAGAAGUGGAAGUAAGAAUAGAAUAAAUAAAUGGAAUAAAAGAA